AUGCCCUUGUCGGCGGCGAUAAAGUCGUCUCUGUCUGUCUCCGUGCGUGCGGACGCAAAGGGGCUCGUCGGGUUCGCAAACACUGGGUACAACGGGAUCACCGUGCUGAAGCAGACGUACUGGACCAGUUUCUACAUGAAGGGCGAGUACAGCGGGACCGUUUUACUGAGGCUUACGGGGACAGACAGCGGAACUGUGUACGGGAGUCGGAAUCUCUCGGUGAAAAGUACCGGUGGGAAAUGGACGCAGUAUGAGACGACCUUCGAGGCAAACGAAAGCUAUGUCGCGGAGAAUGAGUGGCAGUUGCUGUUUGAUGCGGCCACUGCAAAGGGACAUCCUUUGCAUUUUGGGCUCGUGCAGUUGUUUCCGCCGACGUAUAAGAACAGGACUAACGGACUGCGAAACGACAUUGCGCGGCCAAUCGCAGACCUCAAGCCAAAGUUCUUACGCUUUCCGGGAGGCAAUAAUAUACAAGCUGACCGGCCAGGCGACUGGCACUACCCAAACACCGACGCCCUCGGUCUGGACGAGUAUCUCUGGUGGUGCGAAGACAUGGAUAUGGUUCCCGUGCUGAGCGUCUGGGACGGCAAGUCUUACGGGGGGAUCGUCUCAGGCGAGGAGCUGCAGCCUUAUCUCGAUGAUAUAAAGGACGAACUCGAGGUAACCCUUCCCCUUACUCUUCUUUCUCACCCUCUCCGAGCCUAUCUAACCCCCAAUACUAAUGAGCAGUACCUCCUCGGGCCCCCAUCAACGCCCUUCGGCGCCUUGCGGGCACGCAACGGCCACCCAGACCCCUGGCCGAUCCAGUAUAUUGAGAUUGGCAACGAAGACGACUACAGCGGUGGUUGUGACACCUACCCAGACCGUCUCGUCCAGAUCUACGACACGAUCCACGCGUCGUACCCAAACCUCACCUUAAUCGCAAACAACAUGGACGAGAACUGUCUACCAGAGAUCCCUCUGCCGGGACUCUGGCACGACUACCACUACUACCGGUCUGCUGACGACCUCGUCGCCAUGUUCAAUUACUGGGAUAACCACGACCGCGGGGACAGAGUAUUGGUGGGUGAGUACGGGUGUCGCAAUGACAGCAACCCCGACGGCGUGUUUUGGAGCUUCAUGCAAGGGUCUUGUGCAGAGGCGGUGCAUAUGAUUGGGCUGGAAAGGAACAGCGAUGUUGUUAUGAUGGCUGCUUAUGCGCCCUUACUGCAGCAUUUCGGAUAUACACAGUGGUCGGUGUGUACUCCCUCUGCCUCCCUAGCCUAUCUAGGGAUACACCCUGCUGAUCGUGGUGAGGAACAGCCAACACUAUUCGGCUUUGAAUCGCGCCCCAACAGCCUAACCCUGUCAACAAGCUACUACGUCAACCGCAUGUUCAGCACGAAUCAAGGCUCGACCGUGCACAAGGUGCACUCAACAGCCGGGUUUGGGCCUCUAUACUGGGUCGCCACGUCCAACGAGACUGCCUAUCAGGUCAAAUUGGCCAACUACGGCGCCGCAAACCAGACCGUCAAUAUCCGGGUUCCCGGCGUGGGGAGGGGAGUGCUGGAGAUGAUCUCUGGUCCUAAGGAUGCGAGUAAUCUGCCGGGGGAUAUCAAGAUUGUGCCGGUCUCGAGAAACAUUAGAGCUGGGAAGGAGGGGUAUACGGUGCAUAUGCCACCCUGGGGGGUGGCGGUUUUGGUGGUUGUUUUCAAGUAG